AUGAGUGAGUCUCAUAAGGGAGACGGUGAGGCGGUCGUGAGGGAUACUGAUCCGCCCGCGCUGCAAGCCGCGGUGCCCGCCCUUCAUAAACCGAUGCCGACACCUUCCCGCGUGGCGAGCGGUGCCUCGUCGCGCUCCUCUUCCACCAUUGUCGCGCGCCAGCUUGAGGCGAAGGCGCAACAUGCGCGCCGAUUGGCUGAAAUGGAAAAGGAACGAGAGCGGCAGUCCGCUGAGCGGGAACGCCAGGUUGCAGAACGCGCCGCGGAGCGCGAGCGUCAAGUUGCGGAGCUCGAACUGCAAGCUAAUCUCGCUGCUAUAGAGGCUGGCGGAAGCCGACGUGGCAGCCACGGCACGCGCAGUCGUGCGAGUGUUCAGGAAUGGGUAAAUAAUACAAUUCCUAAUCACAAUGAGCAACAUUUAUUAAGUGCCAACCCACCUUUCAGAUUUGACGAUAUUGCGGCCCAGCACGAGCCACUGGAAUCGAGAGAGCAGCACGGCGUGAGUGCCGCGGCAAUUAAAAACUCUCCCGAGCAAAAUCGCCCUGAAGACGGAGGAGUGACUCGCUUAGUCAAUUCGCUCGACAAACUGAUAAAUAAAGUUAAUCAAACGAAGAUUGAUUUACCAAACUUCGACGGCAAGUCACAUUUAGAUUGGUUAGCUUUGAAAAGAGUUUACGAAAAUAAAGCAGAUAGUUUCUCGCCUACUGAAAAUUUAGCUAGGUUGUCACGCGCCCUACGAGGGACGGCGCGCGAGGCCGUGGCGGGCCUGCUGGCGGCGGCCCGCGACCCCGGUGCGGUGGUGGCCGCGCUCGACGCGCGUUUCGGCCGCCCCGAGCUCGUCGUCAUGCAUGAAGUGACAGCGGUGCGUGCCCUACCUAAGGUAAGCUACGACGGUAAGGAUUUAGUGAUUUUCGCAAGUCGUGUUCGUAAUUGCGUAGAAGUAAUCCGCAUGUUAAAUAAGCCCGACCAUUUACGCUCGCCUGAGCUGUUUCAAGCACUAUGGAGCAAACUGCCUGCGCUGCUGCGUCCACGGUGGUUGGAUUAUGCUCAUUCAUGCAAUGGUAGCGCUUCAAAAAUUGAAAUGUUUGCGGAUUUCCUCUCGCGCGAAGUCGACCUGCAAUGCAGAUUUGGAGGCGCUAUUGACCACGCGCCCGCCCUAGUUUCCCGGCCGAUUGGUAAUAGGGACAAAAUAAACAUUAUUGCUGAAAAUAAUCAUUCGUCCGAUAGUAUUUCAACAUCGUUAAACACGCAUAACAAUUUUGAAAAUAAUUGUCCAUUAUGUAAACAAAAUCAUGACUUAUCUGUUUGUGACAAGUUUAUCAAACUGUCAAUAAAUGAUAGGUGGCAAUUUAUCAAAAAGAAUAAAAUGUGUCAUAGGUGUUUGAAAAAAGGUUUUCAUAAGAACAAAACUUCUUGCUUGAAAAAGGUAUGUAGCGUAGAAGGUUGCGAGAUGCGUCAUCAUAAUUUGUUACACGGGUCAAAGUCUGAACGCGUCGUUACUGCGCACGUCGAUGUGGAGGACGACGACGCCGCCGACGACGACUCCGACGCCGACGACGAGCAAGUGCCAUCGACAUCUAGCGUAACUGCGCCCGCGGCCUGUAAUGUAUCCGAAGCGGCACCGCUGCUUGACGACUCGGAACACGAUAUUCUGACGCAUGCGACCUCUUCAUCUCCCAAAGUGCCUUCUGCGCGGCCGUUAUUAAAAAUAGUAGCUGUCACUGUGUCCGGACCCACUGGUAGCGUUGACACAUUCGCGUUAUUGGACGAUGGGUCCUCAGGAACGUAUAUUGACUCUGAAAUUUCGUCUCAAAUUGGAGCGAAGGCUUCCGAUAGGCUAAUUCACUUAGAUUGCGUAGUUGGUUUAAGCAAGGACAUUAAAGUGCAGUAUGUUAAUUUUAAUAUACAGGGUCGUCAUUCAACCGAAGUUCACUCUAUUAAAAAGGCUAGAUCAAUUAACGGUUUAGGCGCUGCACGACAGUGUGCGUAUCAAGAUAGUGUGCGCAAAUACCCUUACUUAGCAGAUAUAGCCGGUGAAUUUUGCUACGGGGACGUAAAGCCUAUGCUGAUAAUAGGACUUGACAACUGGCACUUAUCACUUGCUACAGACGUGCGCAAAGGAACCAAGACACAACCUGCAGCCAUUUUAACAGCCCUUGGCUGGGUUUUGUUUGGUUUCGGUUGCAGCAAGACUAAACGGGUUGACGUUGUAAACCAUAUCACAUUAAGCGAGACUGACUCUGAUAGCGAUUGUUUCACUCUAGAACGACUCAUUAGGGAGCAAUUUAAGAUCGAUUCAAUUGGUAUAUCGAAAAAAGAGGCCCGCAAUGCUGACGAUGAGCGUGCCAUACAAGUACUAGAGAGCACGGCUCACCGUCUGCCGGGUGGCCGUUUUGAGGUAGGAUUGCUAUGGAAGGCUGAUAAUCUGGAUAUUCCUGACAGUUACAAGUUAGCACUGUCCAGAUUCCUCAGCUCAGAGAAGAAAAUGAUGAAAGAUCCUUGCUAUGCCGAACGUUAUCGUCACAAUGUUCAUGACAUGUUAUCUAAAGAAUACGCUGAACAAUGUUCUUCUGGUCCUGCUUCUGGACGUCCUGUUUGGUACCUUCCUCACUUUGGCGUGAUUAACCCAAAUAAACCCAAUAAAUUGCGAACGGUACACGACGCGGCUGCAAAAUCUCACGGCGUGUCAUUAAACUCUUUGUUAUUGACUGGCCCUGAUCUUUUGCAACCUUUGCUGGGUAUUCUAAUGCGUUUUCGUGAGGGUGCUAUAGCUUUAAAUGCCGAUAUUCGUGAAAUGUUUCCGCAAAUCAAAAUAAUUGAAAAAGAUAGAGACGCGCAAAGGUUUCUGUGGCGAGAUACCCCAAGUGAACCAGUAAGAACAUUCCGCAUGUCAUCCAUGAUUUUUGGCGCUGCAUCGAGCCCGUUUACUGCCAUACACAUCAAAAAUAAAAAUGCUCUAGAAUGGCAGGAAACUUAUCCUGAGGCAGCUCGAGUAAUCAUCGAUGACCAUUACAUGGACGAUUGCAUUACUAGCUUAGACGAAAUUGACAAAGCUGCCAAGCUGGCAGCUGAUAUUUAUACCGUACAUGCUCACGCUGGUUUUGAGAUGCGCAGCUGGACGUCAAAUAGUCCAAGCGCGCUCUCGUUGUUGCCGAAGGAAUCCUUGCUCGAGGUGCCUCGCGCUAAUAAUAUUGACGUCGAAUUAGGUCGCCUGGCUACGCCCGUUCGCACGCUAGGCCUUAUCUGGCAACCCGCUAACGACCUGAUAGGAUUUAAUACAGGUGUAAAAAAAGAUACCGUGUUGCCGGAGAAGUUAACAAAGCGAGGGGUUCUAGUGCACGUAAUGAGAAUUUAUGAUCCGCUUGGAAUCCUUGCACCAAUCGUCGUUCGUGGUCGUAUAAUGUUUCAAGACGCUUGGCGCAAGGGUUUGAACUGGGACCAAGAGCUCUCUCAAUGUGACAGCGCCGCGUGGAAGUCUUGGUUUCAAGAUCUGAUCUCCACUUCCAGUUUGAGGAUACCACGCCGCUAUAAUUUGAGCGAUCUCGAGGUAGCAGGGUGCGAAUUACAUGUGUUUUCGGAUGCAAGUGAGUCCGCGUAUGCUGCUGUGGCCUAUUGGCGCUUUCUUUAUGUGAAUGGUGAUAUAAGACUCUCUCUCAUCUGCAGUAAAGUCCGUGUUUCUCCAAUCAGGCCUGUCUCCAUUCCCCGUUUAGAACUUCAAGGUGCUCUUAUAGCUGCGCGCCUUGCCAUGUCGAUAUGCGAAGCCCACCGACUAAAGCCAAUGAGACGAGUUUUCUGGUGCGACUCGAUGACUGUGCUGGGUUGGCUUCGUAGUGAUGCGCGCACCCUUAAACCCUUUGUAUCUCAUAGAGUAGGCGAGAUACUAGAGCUUACAAACAUCAGCGAGUGGCACUGGGUACCGAGUGACCUAAACGUAGCCGAUGAUGCCACACGCGUGAAACGCAUUGUGCUCUCUACAGAAUCUCGCUGGAUCUCAGGACCCGGCUUUCUCCUUUCUUCGGACUGGCCCGCUGAACCUCAAGUUGAUCUCAGCGGACUAGGCCGCGAAGAGUAUAAAAAUAUCAUUCAUCUUAUCACCGAGACUGAUCUGCCCGCACCAGUCUCUGCGGAUCCAAGUCGAUUCAGCUCGUGGCUGAGAAUGGUGCGAGCAACGGCAAAGGCGCAUCUAUUCAUAUCAUUAUUGCGAAUGCGUAGUAUGAGAAGACGAGAUGCGAACUUCAACCUUCCUCGUCUUGAGGGACACUUAUGUACCUUCCAUCCAACUUGCACAUCCUCUCCUGGUACUUCUAAUCCCCCUAAUGUCCCACCAAAAAUAACCGCGAGCGAUAUUCGUCUAGCCGAAACUCAUAUUUUACGGCAAAGCCAACUGGAUUCCUUCAAAGAAGAUAUCUUGCGAAUAAAGAACCGAGACCCGUUGCCUCGAAGCAGCCGCCUUUUCAAACUGUCCCCCUUCUUAGAUGACAACGAUCAACUUCGAAUGUUCAGUCGUAUAGCGGCAGCCGCAGGUGUCACUGAUGAAGUUAAGCGACCGCUGAUUUUAGACGGAAAGCAUCCGGCAGUACGCCUCCUAAUAGCCAGAUAUCAUCAAAAGGCUGGCCAUGCGAACAAAGAAAAAGUCUUGAACGAGCUCCAUCAAAGAUUUUGGAUUUUAGGCCUUAGAAAUGCUGCCCGAUCAGUAGCCCAUGAUUGCCAGUUUUGUAAACUUCGCCGUGCCAGAACAUUCACACCACCGAUGGGAAAUCUACCAGAGUGUCGAUUGGCUCAUCAUCAAAGACCCUUUUCCUUUGUCGGUCUGGACUACUUUGGACCCGUCCUUGUUUCAGUUGGUCGCAGAAGGGAGAAACGCUACGUUGCCCUAUUUACGUGUCUCGUCAUACGCGCCGUACAUCUUGAAGUGGUACACAGUUUAACGACAGACGCGGCCAUAAUGUGUCUACGCCGUUUUAUUGCUCGUCGAGGAACACCACAAGAGAUCUGGUCAGACCACGGAACAGCCUUUGUUGGAGCAAACAGGGAGUUACGAGCUCUUUACGCCGACUCUGUUGAAGAUUUUGCUGCCAACGAAUCAAUCAAUUGGCGUUUUAUUCCUCCCGCAGCACCUUUUAUGGGUGGAGCGUGGGAGCGAUUAGUUCGCAGUGUCAAAGGAGCUUUGAAAGUGACCCUCAGAGAACAGGCUCCCUCAGACGAAGUUUUAAGCACACUGUUAGCAGAGGCUGAAGCCCUUGUCAAUACGCGACCACUUACGCAUGUCUCACUCGAUUCCGAUGCUGAUGAGGCUUUAACACCGGCCCAUUUUAUACUCACAUCUCCAUCUGGACGCCCUAUUCCCGCUACCCUGACCGAGGCGGAUCUUCUCAGCAGAAACAAGUGGCGCAGAGCAGUAAGACUAGCUGACCACUUCUGGCAGCGCUGGGUGAAAGAAUACCUGCCUUGCUUGUCACCACGCACCGGAGGAGGUUCUCCACCUAAUAUUGCAGUGGGCGACGUCGUAAUAGUGUGUGACUCCAACCUGCCUAGAGGCUCCUGGCCCAAGGGUCGUAUUACCGCAUUGUACCCCGGUAGAGACGGGAUAGCAAGAGUGGCAGAUAUCGCCACCGCCGCAGGGGUUUUACGGAGACCCCUCAAAAAGCUCGCUAAAGUUCCCGUUUCUGUUUCUCUUUAA